CGUUGUCGAAAACGGAAAUGACGCAGCCGGUUUGUUGCCCUCCUUCGUCAACAUGGCGCCGAUGUUGGUCCCGCUGAAAUGUGGAUUUCACUUUCAAAGACGAAAAUUAGCGCUGCUGCUCCGGCAAACCAGCUCGUAUCAUGUCUGGAACAGAGGUGGAAAUAAAAGUGGGGAGCACGACAAACGCCCAAAUACAUACCUGCUGACUUCUACUCCACACCUAAGAACAGCAGGGUGGAGCGUCAACAGGACUGAGAACAGCCGUCGCAUUUUGGAGGCAGCAAGACAUCUACAGGUGACAGACAAACGAACAUGUUGGCACGGACAUGCAGGAGGAGGACUACAUGCAGAUCCAAAAAAUGUGCUGAAGGAGGUGAAUUCAGCCCAGAUCCUGUCUGCCAUGCUUUCCUAUGUGUGGCCAAAGGACAGGCCAGACCUGCGGGCCCGUGUUGCCAUCUCUCUGGGCCUGCUUGGUGGAGCGAAGAUCACCAAUGUGAUGGUGCCCUUCAUGUUUAAGUAUGCGGUGGAUGAGCUCAACCAGAUGUCGGGACACAUGCUGAACCUGAGUGACGCGCCAAGCACCGUGGCUACCAUGGCAACGGCCAUGCUGAUUGGCUAUGGCGUUUCACGGGCAUGUGCGGCACUCUUCAACGAGCUGAGGAACGCUGUGUUCAGCAAGGUUGCCCAGAGCUCCAUCCGCCGCAUUGCCAAGAAUGUCUUCCUCCACUUGCACAACCUGGACCUGGGUUUCCACCUCAGCCGUCAGACGGGAGCACUGUCCAAGGCCAUCGACCGGGGCACAAGGGGCAUCUCUUUCAUCCUCAGUGCACUCGUCUUCAAUCUAGGACCCACGGUCUUUGAGAUGAGCCUCGUCAGUGCCAUCCUGUAUUACAAGUGCGGCGGACAGUUUGCAGCAGUGACUUUGGGCACCUUAUCAGCAUACACCAUGUUCACCAUUCUAGUCACCCAAUGGAGGACUCGCUUCCGGAUAGAGAUGAACAAAGCAGACAAUGAGGCAGGCAACGCAGCCAUUGACUCCCUCCUCAACUAUGAGACUGUGAAGUACUUCAACAACGAGAAGUAUGAAGCUGAAAGGUAUGAUGGAUUCCUGAAAAUCUACGAGUCAUCCUCACUGAAAACCACGUCCACUCUGGCCAUGCUGAACUUUGGCCAGAGUGCCAUCUUCAGCGUUGGCCUUGCCUCCAUCAUGGUGCUGGCCAGCAAGGGGAUAAUGGCAGGCACAAUGACAGUGGGAGACCUGGUGAUGGUGAACGGCCUGCUCUUCCAGCUUUCCCUGCCUCUCAACUUCCUGGGCACAGUUUACAGAGAGACCCGGCAGGCCCUGAUAGACAUGAACACCCUCUUCACCCUGCUCAGUGUCGACACCAAGAUCAAGGAGAAGGAUCUUGCCCCAGCAUUAGCUGUCACACCACAGGAAGCCACCAUCCGCUUUGAGGACGUCUGCUUUGAAUACCUGGAGGGCCAGAAAGUCCUGAACGGGUUGUCCUUCGAAGUGCCUGCCGGGAAAAAGGUGGCCAUAGUCGGCGGCAGCGGGUCAGGGAAGAGUACCAUCGUGAGGUUGUUGUUCCGCUUCUAUGAGCCCCAGCGGGGGAACAUCUACAUUGCGGGGCAGAACAUCCGAGACGUCAGCCUUGACAGUCUGAGGAAGUCUGUGGGGGUUGUACCUCAGGAUGCUGUUCUGUUCCACAACACCAUCUACUACAACCUGCAAUAUGGGAACAUCACCGCCACCGCAGAGGACAUAUACCGGGUAGCGCGUCUAGCAGGCAUUCAUGAUGCCAUUCUCAGGAUGCCCCACGGCUAUGACACCCAGGUUGGGGAGAGGGGCCUCAAGCUGUCAGGUGGAGAGAAGCAGCGUGUCGCCAUUGCUCGGGCCAUACUGAAGAACCCGCCUAUCUUCUUGUAUGAUGAAGCCACUUCCUCCCUUGAUUCUAUCACAGAGGAGAACAUUCUGACAUCAAUGAAGGAGAUGGUGAGGGACAGGACAUCGGUGUUCAUUGCCCACAGGCUUUCCACUAUUGUGGAUGCAGAUGAAAUCAUUGUUCUCAAUCAUGGUAAAGUGGCAGAGCGGGGAAACCAUCAGACCCUUCUCAGUAUCCCAGGCAGCCUGUAUGCAGACCUGUGGAACACCCAGAACAGCAAAAUCCUCAACAGCAACAACAGCACGCCCGAGCCCGUGGCCGAGCGUCUGUCCCCGAAGGAGGAGGAGAGGAGUCGGUUGCAGAAGGAGAUCCUCAACAGCGUGAAGGGCUGUGGAAACUGCUCCUGUUGAGAGAAGCUGCUACCUCCUUGUCCCUUUCAGAAGGUCUUGCACUGGAACUCCAGGCCUGCAGGGUGCUGGGGGCACGUCCCUACCACGCAGUCCUGUUCCAGCCAAGCCCCCACCCAUGUGAGUGUCCCUCCCCCUCCUCCUAUGGAUAAAGGCCAUAGCUUGCCAAAGUGAAAGAGGAGGAGCAGAAAAGGGAGCGAGUGUGUUUACCACUGGCCGAUGUCCAGAGAUGGUGUUUCUAUGCCAGUUGCCUCAGCUGAAGCCAAGUGUAUGAGACAUUGUAUCACAUACGUGUGUGUGUAAGACAUCUGUUAGUCAACAAGGUUGAGUCCCCCUCCCUUCUUUUGACAUCAGGUUUAUUCACAUCUUUCAUGGCAUUGGGCACAGGUGAGAGUAUACAUGUAAUGAAUGACAUAAAUGCCUUGAUGUUGACAAAAAAACGUAUGUUGAUUGAACUAUUUUUAAAAUAUUUCAUUGUAAUUUAAAUUUGGAGUUAGCCUUUUUUAUUAUUCACUAAGGAUGUGUACAUAUUACUACAUAAUAUUGAAAAGCCUCUUAUCACAAAUAUGUAUGUGCGUUUCCUCUUUGUUUGAACAAUGCCAUUUUUCCACAAAGCUACUAUUUCAGUGUGGCACGGCCAUGUUGCACAUUGACUCUUCUAAUGUUUAUAACAUAUUUUUCAACACGCGGCAUGCUAAAAAAGAUAAGCAGUAGGGUUAUAAAGUAAUUUCAAGAUGUGCGGGUAUUUGGAUUUGCAGUAUAGGCAUACAAAUAGUUCCCAAGUGAAUUAAUUAGCAGUAACAUGUUACACUCACAUUUAUGCAAGUGUAACCCUUAGAGAAGCAAUGCCAAGAAAUGGCUACAAUAAAUCAUGAAUGGUUUCCACCACAGUAAGAACCACACGAGGCACCAGUAUGAAAGCAUCGUUUGGGGACAUUCUACAAUCAUUAUAUCAUUUAGCCUUGAUAUUACAGGGCUUGUCGAAUGAUGUGAAGAGUUUUAACACCAUGUUAAUAUUGCUAAGACAGCUUUUCGGAUUGUAUGAUCAGAAUGCUUAGGCGUCUUGAAGGUUACAUGUAAAUGUUAAUAUUUACAGAUGGAUAAUAUUCAUAUAUCCUCAUAUUUUGAGGGUGUAUUUUGAUGUCAUGAGCACAUUUUGUUAAGAAUCUCUCUGUGGGAUUCUGUCUACAAAUGAAGAGAGUCAUUAGUGGGGUGUCUUGUACUACACAAAAUAUAAAACCUCCUCCAUAGCAUUCUGGUCUAUGUGGACUGUAUGAGUGCUCUGCAGACAGAAUAAUAAACAUUGGCUUUUGUCUAAACAA